AUGCAUACCAGCCGCUUCUUUCGCGAUGAGCAUGAGGAAACUCCUCCAGAGAGCGGUUCUGAAGAGGUGGCCAUGGCUCAGGCCUUGGCGAAGCUGUGCAGCUCGGCACAGGCCAGGCGUCGCAGUGAAGAGCGUCUCAAACUCUGCCGGGAUUUGCUUUCCAAGAUCCAGGUGGCCACACCCACGGCUGAGGCCUCUCUGCGGGUGCUUUGGGCAGAACUGCGCGUGCUCAGAACUCGCGUCCGACCCACCCAGACCUCCAACGAGGCUUUGCAGCUGCAACUGAGAGUGGCCGAACGCGCCCGCGUGGCCUUUGGUUGGUCCAUGGGACGCUCCUGGGCCAAAGGAGCCCAAAAGAAGGCCGUCGAUGAGGAAGGCGCCCCAUCCACGGCGACGGAGACCGCCACGCCGGUCCCGCGCCGCGCGCCACGGUCUCGACCGCCGCGCCGCGGCGCAGGACGCCGUGUGUCCCGUUCGUCCCAUCCGAAGCGCGCCAAGCGAGAGCCGGACGGAGCGACCACCGAAGAGGCCUUACCCGCCUUACCGGCCUCCAAUGCACCGAUCGCAUCAGAGGUCCAAACGUCCGCGGCGUCUUCAGCCCUCUCCAUGCAGACCUCUGAGAAGCAUGCGCCCGAAGCGGCUGAUCAGUCGGACAGCGAUGUCAUUGUAGAGGAGGACCAGUCCGUCGUGGACCCAAAGAUGGUUGAUGCGGCUGACGCGGAGUCCUGGUCGAAGCUGGGAGACACCGUCUUAGAGGAGCUCUUCCAUCGGAAAAGCCGCGGAGGUGAGACGGUCUCGGGAUGCCCUUGGUGUGAGCGAAGGGCGGCGGCGCAGUCUCCACAGUCUCCGGCGUGCCAGGCUUCCAGAAAGCCGCUCGCGACGAGGCCAAAAGAGCCACCUUCCGUGGAAGAGAUGUCUUUGACGUCGCCUCCAGACGAGGCUCCCUCGAGCUUGGAGCAGCUGCGGGGCCGCUGUGCACUCUUCCGGCAGGGCCACUACAGGCACCUGUGUUCAGAGCUUUGCUACUUCCGGGAGUUCGAAGCGGCCCGACAGCUCAGAGCCUUGCAGGAUCGUGCCAUGACCACCGGUGUGCCUUGGUCCUGGCUGACGGCCCGGUUGGCCUCCAGCCACAGGCCUCCAUACUGGUGUGUGGUCUUCCAUGAAGCUUCGGGAGCUGUUUUGGGCUCCAGUCGCUGUGCGUGGCAAAGACUUCAGCCGGGGGAACUGAACAUAACAAUCCUGACAUCCUUUGAUCUCGUGAAGCAGCCGAAGGAGGCCCAGCUAUAUGGUCCCAUGGCGGCCCUUCGUGCUGCGAUGCUUCUUCCGCCGCUCGCGCUGUCCACGGCGCGGCCGAGCCGUCAACGGGCGUGCGACUUCGACGAGGUCUCGCAGGACUUCAUCGAAAGUGCCACGGCCGGAUGGACCGCGGAUGGGCCGCUCAGAGGUCGUGGAAGCCUCCUGUCAGACUUACCGGGCCCUGUGAUCCUCCGCGGCGUGCUCCAGGAUAUGCUUCCUUCCGGGAAGAAGGACUACUUCCUGCAGACCUUUGCCAACGAAAGUGUCCUGCUGACACGAAACGUGGAGUUCCAAAGUAUGACUGGCACGAAGCCUGAGAGCUUCCUGUCCAAAAUCGAAGACUGGGUUCGGUCCUGGGAGCAGCCUGGAAGCAUCCGCUACCUUUUCUCCUUCUUGCAUGAUAGUGAGCACUAUCAUUUGCAACAGAGACUGCUCCAGGUGUAUCCAAUACCAGAGUUCCUGCAGAAGCACAGCGUGAGCAGUCGGUUUAUGGUGCUGGGUUCCAAGACCAAAGGCGUCGCCCUGCACCAACACUUCCUCAGCUGGCUGGGACUUUUGGCCGGUGCCAAGCGCUGGUUCGUUUUCCCACCCAGUGCCCAGCUGGAAGACGUGUCGCAUCACCACCAGCCGAUGGCGGAGUUGGAGAGACGACCUGGUGUGGCGAGCUGCGUGCAGCAUGAGGGUGACGUCGUGAUUCUGCCUGGUGGCUGGUGGCAUGCCACUUAUGAUCGCUCGGACUGGACGUUUGGACUUGGUGCACAGCAGUACAACCCCAAUGACGAUGAACGGCUUUACGCCGCCUCUGUGGGCAAUGUGAGCCGUCUGAAGAAGGUGAAAGCAACGAAUGCCUUGCUGAAGCAAGCAGCUGAGUACGGACACACAGAGGCAGUGGAGCUUCUGGUGAAGAAGGCGCCCAUGGGGGAUACUUUGCACACGGCCUGCCACAAGGGCCAUUUGCCGGUGGUGCAGCUGUUGCUCGCCCAUCGGGCAGAUGUGAACCUGCAGGAUGACCUUGGGGAUCGCCCUUUGAACUCUGCGGUGAUGGCAGGGAAGAGUGACGUGGUGGAGGUGCUGGUUCAACACCGCGCCGACGUGAACUGGCGGCGGAACAAGAAGAAGGAACCCUUGCUUCACAGUGCUGCUCGUUUUGGACACGUGCCGGUGAUUCGAGCGCUGCUCCAGAGCAACGCUGUGCUGCGGCAGCGGCUGAAAGGCGCAGGUGAGGCCAUCCACGACGCCGCCCACUUCGGGCACCGGGCCGCCCUGAGGGAACUCGUGGCGCAACGAGCCGACCCGUUCGCUUCAACAGCACGCGGGAGCACCACACCACUGCAGCUGGCGAUGGAAGCUGGGCACCAGCCGGUGUUGCAGUUGCUGCAGGAGUUGGCCGUGCGUCCGGAGCUUUAG